ACCCGUGCGGCAGCGGGAGGAAGGGAGGGGGGGAGAGCCGACGCCAUUUUCCCAGAGAGCGAGAGAGGGAGAGAGAGGCAGUGACAUCGGAAGGAGCGUAGGCGGCUGCGAGGAGGGAGACACGGCGGGCAGAGCAGCGGCAGGGGGUGGUCCAGAGGUCCGAGGCGGCGGCGGCGGCGCUUCUCAGCAGGGCCCUGUGCAGUCAAGCCAAGCUAAGCCAGCCAGACCAGCUCGGGGGAUAGCUCGACCCUCCUCCUCCCCCUGUCCCCGCGCCUGCGGAAGCCUCCGUCCUGCUCGCUCGCUCGCUCGUUCUCUCACCCGCGGGGGGGACCUCCGCAGCGGGACGGUUGCACUGUGGCCAAGCCGGGCGCUCGGGUCGGGGUGCCGCCGCUGCCUGGCCGGUGAUCAUUCCAGGUAAUAAAGAUGGGUUACAGCAGUUGGUUGAACAACUUCAUCCAGACAGUAGUAAUGAAUGGAACAACGUCAGACUGCAAAGAGAUGUGUCAGUUUCAUUCCUGCUGAGGCAGUCAGAACAGAUGAGUUUGUGGAUGCACUUAGAUGUUUGCAAUGAGCACUGUGGCUGGCAUGCCCCAGUGUUUUGGAUACCAAUGCAUAGAAAUCCAUAGUAAACGAAUUUAUCAGAAACGAACGUCAUGAGCAUAGUGGUCCCGUUGGGGGUUGAUACAGCAGAAACAUCUUAUUUGGAAAUGGCUGCAGGCUCAGAACCUGAAUCUGUAGAAGCUAGCCCUGUGGUAGUUGAGAAGUCAAACAGUUAUCCACACCAACUAUAUAAUAGCAGCUCUCAUCAUUCACACAGUUACAUUGGUUUGCCUUAUGCGGACCAUAAUUAUGGCGCUCGUCCUCCUCCAACACCCCCAGCAUCGCCGCCUCCUUCCGUUCUUAUAAGCAAGAAUGAAGUAGGCAUAUACACUGCUCCAAAUUUUGAUGAGACAUCCAGUGCUACUACUAUCAGCACAUCUGAGGAUGGAAGCUACGGCACUGAUAUAACUCGAUGCAUUUGUGGAUUCACCCAUGAUGAUGGCUAUAUGAUCUGUUGUGACAAAUGCAGUGUUUGGCAGCACAUUGAUUGCAUGGGGAUUGAGAGGCAGCAUAUUCCUGACACAUACCUUUGUGAGCGUUGCCAGCCUAGGAGCUUAGAUAAAGAAAGAGCAGUGUUGCUCCAGCGUAGAAAAAGGGAAAAUAUGUCAGAUGGGGAUACCAGUGCAACAGAAAGUGGUGAUGAGGUUCCUGUCGAAUUAUAUACUGCUUUUCAACACACACCAACUACAAUUACGCUAACUGCUACACGAGUUACAAAGGUCACAGAUAAGAAAAGGAAAAAAAGUGGAGAGAAAGAGCAAACCAUCACAAAAUGUAAAAAAGCUUUCCGUGAAGGUUCCAGAAAAUCUUCAAGAGUUAAGGGCUCGGCUCCGGAGAUCGAUCCUUCUGAUAUUUCAAACUUUGGGUGGGAAACUAAAAUCAAGGCAUGGAUGGACCGAUACGAAGAGGCAAGCAACAAUCAGUACAGUGAAGGUGUUCAGAGAGAGGCCCAGCGAAUAGUUUUGAGAUUAGGAAAUGGAGAUGAAAAAAAAGAAAUGGUCACCAGCAACUCCAUCUUCAAACCUCCAAUAGAGAGCUAUAUUCAAAAAAAUAAGAAAAUCCUAAAAGCUGCCAAAGACUUGCCUCCUGAUGCACUUAUUAUUGAAUAUCGCGGAAAAUUCAUGCUGAGGGAACAAUUUGAAGCUAAUGGAUAUUUCUUUAAGAGGCCCUACCCCUUUGUUCUGUUCUAUUCUAAAUUUCACGGGCUGGAAAUGUGUGUGGAUGCAAGAACCUUCGGAAACGAAGCUCGAUUUAUCAGACGUUCUUGUACACCUAAUGCCGAGGUUAGACAUGCCAUUGAAGAUGGAACUAUUCACCUUUAUAUCUACUCCACCCAGGACAUUCCAAAGGGAACAGAAAUAACAAUAGCGUUUGAUUUUGAUUAUGGAAAUUGCAAAUACAAAGUGGACUGUGCUUGCCUCAAAGAAAACCCUGAAUGCCCGGUAUUGAAGCGUCCCUCCGAGCCUGCUGAAACUAUAAAUACAGGUUAUGAAACCAGAAGGAAAAAGGGGAAAAAGGAGAAGGAAACCCAAAACCAGAACAUCACGCUGGAUUGUGAAGGCGCGACGGGCAAAACCAAGUUUCCAGAAAACCGACAGAGGAAGCUUUCUCCCCUUCGAUUGUCGAUCUCAAAUAAUCAGGAGCCAGAUUUUAUUGAUGAUAUAGAAGAAAAAACUCCUAUUAGCAGUGAAGUAGAAAUGGAAUCAGAGGAGCAGAUUGCAGAAAGGAAGAGGAAGAUGACCAGAGAAGAACGGAAGAUGGAAGCCAUCCUUCAAGCUUUUGCCAGAUUAGAAAAAAGAGAAAAAAGAAGAGAACAAGCUUUGGAAAGAAUCAGUACUGCCAAAACGGAAAUAAAAUCAGAAUGUAGGGAUACCCAGAUCAUCAACGAGGCGGAAUUUGUUCAGGAACCAGCGAAAGAGGAAACCCCCACCAAGCCAGCCCCUGCCAAAGUCAACAGGACAAAACAGAGAAAAAGCUUUUCCCGGAACAGGACGCACAUCGGGCAGCAGCGGCGAAGGCACAGGACCGUCAGCAUGUGCUCGGAUAUCCAGCCAUCCUCUCCUGACGUGGAAGUGAUCACCCCGCACCAGGAACCCGAGACCGCUGUGCUUCCGGCCGAGCCUGAAGCAGAGACGCCCGUGGCUGACGUAGUCCCUGAGCCUGAAGCCCCAGCACUUAACAAAUGCCCCACUAAAUACCCCAAAACGAAAAAGCACUUGGUGAGCGAGUGGUUAAGCGAGAAGAGCGAGAAGCCGGGAAAAUCCGUGGAAAACCUCUCAGAGAGGCCUCUGCGCAUAACCACCGACCCAGAGGUCUUGGCGACCCAGCUGAACUCUUUGCCAGGCCUCACUUUCAGCCCGCAUGUCUACACGACGCCGAAGCACUAUAUCCGUUUUACGUCGCCCUUCCUUUCUGAAAAACGGCGGAGGAAAGAGCCAAUGGAGCGCAUUCUGGGCUCCUGCAAGAAGCGUUGGUUAAAGCAAGCUCUGGAAGAAGAAAACUCGGUGGUUGGGUUUUUUAUUUCCUCGCCCCACGAAGGAUCCAGAAGUCCUGUUGUCAACGGCGAGAGCAGAAGCCCCUUAUUACUGACCGACAGCUGUUGCUUGCCAGAUCUGACAACGCCACUCAAGAAGCGAAGGCAGUACCAGCUGUUGGACUCCGCCUAUUCAGAAACAUCAACGCCCACUCCUUCUCCAUACGCCACGCCCACCCACGCCGAUUUCUCCGCCUCGGACCCCUUAUUGCUCGCCACGCCUCCCCGAAUCAAAGUGGAAGACGAAACCUGCAGGAACGGUUACAAGCCUAUUUAUUCAUCCGUUACUUCGGUGAUUCCAUGUGUCCAUGGAAAUGCAGUGCACUUUGAGAAUAUUUCUUCACCUGAAAGUUCUCCAGAAGUUAAGAGGCGAACAUUUAAUCAAGAGGGAUACGAACGUUCCUGCGCGUCCAUGCUAGCACUCAACCCGUUCCGAAAUUCCAGCCUGACGGAAAUCUGCCUGCAAGAGAUCAAGACGAUCGGCUACUCCAGCCCGAGGAGUCGAGCGGAGGGCCCCAGGCAGUGCUCGGGAGAAAAGGAGCCCCCCUCCGAGCUCCCGCUGGGACUGGAAGCGGUCGAGCAAAGCGCGCUGCACAAAACGCUGGACGCUCCCUGCCACAACCGGACUGAUGCAAGCAGCCAACUGGAAGCGGCUCAUUGCGGGCGGGGAGCGGUUUAUCCGACCUGGGUAAAAAGUCCCGACCGGACAGGUGUCAAUUUCUCCGUGAAUUCUAAUUUGAGAGACUUAACUCCUUCACACCAGUUAGAAGUCGGCGGCGGGUUCCGGAUCAACGAGUCGAAGUGCCUGAUUCCAGAGGAGGCGAGAGGCAUGUUUGUGGACGCGCCGGUUUUUUGUCCUUCCGAAGAGGGACUGGCAGCCAGUUUUGGGAGGACUGCCAGUACUGACGGGCUGAUGGACGGCAACGGCACACCCCAGAAUCCUCCGCAAAAGAAAAAGGUGUCACUUCUGGAAUACCGCAAGAGGCAGCGAGAAGCCCGAAAAAGCGGCUCCAAAGCCGAAACUUUUUCUCUCCUGAGCAUGUCGCCUCAUGCUGCCGGGGGAGGCAACGGCGGUGCUGCUCCCGACGGCUACACCAGCAGUGAAAAUGGGGAGCAGCCGGAGAGGGAACAGACCGCCAGCCUCCCCUUAUCUUUGCCAGCCACGGAUUACAGCGCCGUUUCCGAAGAAAGCGAAAACUCUUCGUCCUUAAAGGAGGCUUCCGGCGAAAAGAGCGAUCCGGAGGUCCAGUGGACCUCUUCAACCUCGGUGGAGCAAGUCAGGGAACGAAGUUAUCAGCGCGCAUUGCUUCUUAGUGAUCAUAGGAAAGACAAGGAUUCUGAAACUGAUCCUGAAAAUCUGGAGCCUACAAGUGAAUGUCCAUCCCCAGAUACUCCUCUGAAGACGUGCAAGAGUCCUCUAAAACCAAGCAAGACUACUUCUUCUUCACCAAAUCCUGUAGUUCCUGUUCAGCCGCUCGGAAAAACGCCCACAAAACAGGAUUCCCAGUGGGAGAGCGCAGGAGACACUCCCGGGGCCGACAGCGCAACUCACCCCAAACCAGACCAGCAACCGAAACCGCCGCCCAAUACCGCCGAAGCACUUUCGAAACAGCCCCAGCCCCUCCUGCGCGGGGCGGCUGAUCCUCUCGGCCAGAAGCCGCCGCCGCCGCCAGCCCCACCGAAGCUCCCUUGCCCCACGUCGCCUCACGUCGAAAACCCCCCCAAGCCGUCCACCCCCCUCGCCCCAGCCCAGCACGGCUACCUGUCGCCAAAGCCUCCUUCCCAACCGCUGGGGUCACCGUACCGGCCUCACCACCCGCCGUCUCCCCAAGUGGGGACACCUCAGAGAGACUCGCACCGGGGCUUUUACGCCGCCACCCAAGCGCUUCAGCCCGGCGCCCCGCAGCCGACCGCUGGGACGUUGUUCCCCCCAUCUUCUUCAGUCUCUUACGGUCAGUUUCACCAACAAACUCUCAACGCGGGGGCCCCACCGCCCCCUCCCCCUCCGCCCCCCUCCUCCACGUACUAUCAAAACCAGCAGCCCCCCUCAGGAAACUUUCAAAAUUACAACCCGAUCAAAAGCGGCCUCCCGUCCCAGCAAACCAUCUUCCCCUCCGGACCAAACCAAACCCUCGCCGGCACCACCUGUCAGCAGCCGCCCGUCUCGGGCCACCUGGCCAACAGCGGGCACUUCCUGCCCUCCCCAACGCCCAGCAUCCAUCACCCGAGCCCCGUGGUGGGGGUGCCCCCGCCUCCACCCCCUCCUCCAGCGGCUCCCGGACACCUGGUGCAGCCACAGAACACGCACCCGCCGCACGCCACGGCCCACGGGGUGAGUCCCGCGCACGCGGCCACCGGUUCCCACCUCCAUUCGCCGGCCGCCAGCCACCACCUGCCUCCACCCCCGCCGCCGCCUCCCGGCCCCCUCCCUCACCACCUCCCUACUCACCCCACCGCAGCCCAUCAAGGUUUGCAAGCACAACACCAGCACGUAGUAAGCUCGGCGCCUCCUCCACCACCACCACCGCCGCCUCCUCCACCACCACCACCUUCCAACGUAUUGAGCUCCGCUCAUCACCCGGCGCCGGCCCAAGGACUACAUCACCCAUCUCACCAAGGGCCCUCCCUUUUCCCUUCAAGCGCUCAUUCAACGGUGUCAACUUACCCAUCACAGCCGCCGCCUCAUCCCCCUUUGGGAUCCGGACCUCAGCAUCAGCCAGCCGGGACGGGAGCGCACUGUCCCCUGCCCGGCCAGGUGUCUCACCUCCAGCAGCCUCAAGGACCAGCCAGUAUUGCCACCACCCCUACGGCCUCCGGCUUCUGCCCUCAUCCGGGCUCUGUGUCCCUUCCUCACGGCGUGCAAGGACCUCAGCAAGCAUCUCCGCUGCCCGGGCAGAUCCCUAUCCACAGAGCCCAAGUGCCGCCGACGUUUCAAAACAAUUACCACGGUUCCGGCUGGCAUUAAAACGGACCCCCUACUCCUGCCCGCCCUCCCUACCCACCCCCCGUCUCCUUCGCUUCUAAACAUUUUAAAAAUGUUCUGUAAAAAACUGUAUAUUUCAUAUGUACCUGUUCAAGGUACUUUUUAA